AUGGCGUCGCGAGACCGGCCAGUCGUCGUCGUGGCGGCGCUCGCCCCGGACGUUCGCCCCGGCGCCCCGGCCAAGGCGCUGUGUCCAGAGAGCUGCCACAGAGAGCGCCUCCCGCGUCGCCUCGCGCCGCCGACCGCGCCCGCCCCCGCGCCGGCCGCGUCUCCCCUGCCGGCCGCGCCCGCGCCGCCGGCCUGGCUCCGGCGGGACGAGGCGUCGCGCGCCGACGACGCGGAGCUGCGCCGCGCGCUCGCGGACGCGCUCCUCGCGGGCGACGGCGCCGGCGCCGGCGCGGACGACAGCGACUGCGAGGAGCUCGAGGCGACGACGUACACGCCCGCGGAGCUGUCGCGGCGCCGCUACGAGGCGGCCGUCGCGAACGGCGAGGUCAUCGAGAUCGCGUCCGACGACGAGGCGGAGCUCGGCGUCGACGACGCGACGCGCGCCGCGGAGGAGGCGGCGGCGGCCCAGCGCGACGCCGAGCAGCAGCGCGUCAAGCGGCGGAAGACGGCCGACGACGCGGACCGCGACCGCCGCGUCGCGCAGUUCGUCGUCAACGCGCGCGCGCUCAACCUCGGCCAGCUCGCGGCGCACUGCAAGUCCGCGGGCCUCAAAGUCGGCGGCACGAAGCAGGAGCGCAUCGCCCGCCUCGUCUACGCCAUCGAGUACAAGGUCUACGAGCGGCCCCGCUCCGACUUCUUCACGCGCCAGAUCGUCGCCGCCUUCGCGACGAAGCUCGACGCCAUCGUCUCCCAGAACGCGGCGUAG